AUGCUGAUGAUGGACAGGUUCCUCCGGUGGCAGGCCACGCACAACCGGUUGUACCCGAGCGCGGGGGAGAGGCUGCGGCGCUUCCAGGUAUACCGCGACAACGUGGAGUACAUCGAUGCCACCAACCGCCGCGGCGACCUCACCUACCAGCUCGGCGAGAACCAGUUCGCCGACCUCACCCGGGAGGAGUUCCUCGCCAGGUUCAUGUCUCACAACGACGAUGAUCGCACCAAGGAUGAUAAUACGGUCAUCACGACGGCCCAGGGCGCCGACGCCGACAUGUGGUCGUCUGGCGGCGUCGAUGUCUCCUUGGAUCCGGCCAGCGUGGAUUGGAGGGCCAAUGGAGCCGUGGUGCCGCCCAAGUCAGCAGCUGGGCGUUCGCGGCGGUGGCGAUGA